AUGUUGUCUUUCUGGCCGAUUGAGUUGAAUAAUUGGGUUGAUUUAACCGAUAGUGAUAAGGGUGUCUUUAAACGGAUAAAUAAGGUUGAAUGGGGUGGGGUUGGGUUGGAAUGUGAUGAGUUAGAUAGUGGGAAGGGUGGAAUGAGUGAUAGGAAGACGUACUUUGUUUUGAAUGGUCGGCAGUAUAAUGUAGUGACUGGGGAACAUGAAGGUAGACGAGGUUGUGAUGAGUGGAUGGGGAAGGUGGGAGAAGAUGGGAUGGAUGUGUUUGGGCGUAAGGAGUCGGCGGUGGGACGGACGGAAGUAUUGUUUGAAGGACGGCGGACUGUAGUGCGAGUAUGGAUUAAAGGCCUGGGGGUGAGUAGGGGUUUGCAGAGUUGGUUGCCGGGUGAUUCGGUUUUGGUGAAGGUGUCUAAUAGUAAGGAUCGGGUGCAGGGAUUAUUGGCAUACUUGGGAUGGAAGGGAGAGAAAUGGAUUGAGUACCGGAAAGUGCACAUACGUACGGGUCGAGUAGUGAUGAGUUAUAGUGGACGACUUGAUGAUUGUUUGCGGCACUGUUUGGACUUGACUUCAUUGCCAUCUAAGUACAUGCUUUAUAGAUUGGGACAGUUGGCGGGGCCGGAGUCUCGGGCUAAGUUAGAGUACUUGGCCUCACGGGCUGGAAGUAAGGAUUAUUUUGGCCUGGGUAAGAAUUGGAAUGAUCUUUAUGAUCUGGUGGUCGGAUUGGAAGUGAAACUAGAUUUGGAAACUUUAUUGGAAUUAAGUGAAGAGAUUCGACCGCGGGCCUUUUCAGUACUGAGUUUGAAUGCAGCUGAGGAUGAAGUUGAGUUCUUGUGCGGAGUAGUGGAGAAGGAGGCGUAUGGUGAGAAGCGGUACGGACAUGCUUCCUUAUUCGUGCUGAAUAUGAUAGCUGGUGCAGCUGCUGGUCGGACAGACCUGAAUUAUGGGGCGGGACUUAUUAUGAACACUAUCCAUAAGCCCAAUAGGCUCAUGCAAAUACAAGCCGGAAAUGCAUUGCUGAUUGGAAUUGGAACGGGUGUAGCCCCUUUUAUCUCGUUUAUGGCCCGGAAAGAGGAAAGGGAGUUUGUGCUGGUUUAUGGAUGUCGGUCAAGGAAGGAGAGUAUUCUGCAUAGUUUGGGUAUAGUGAGUGGAGAUGGAGAAGAGUCUAGUUUAGUUGGGGCUCGUGAGUUCUUUUCGAGUAAGUACCAGACACGUAUCUUGAUUGUUUAUUCACAAGAGAACAGUUGUCUUAGAUUGGACCAGUUUUUGAUUAACAACACAGAAAGAAUCAAUGAUUUAAUUAGUAAUUUAUGCCCGGAUACUAAAUUGGGUUAUAUCUGCGGCAACAAAGGGGCACGCAAAGCAAUCUGCACGUACAUCACCCAAACACAUCCCAAAAUGAGACUCUAUGUUGACGAUUGGGUUUAG